AUGUCAUCGCAUCGUCAAUAUGAUGACGAGCCACACGAGGCAGUAGCGAGCAUGGGGAGAAAAGUUUGUCGGGUUUGCGACGAUUUUAAAAGUUGGAGGAAAAACAAAAACGAGGAACCCCGCAGCCCCUCGUGCCCGCUGGACCGUGAAGAGCUUGGUCGUAACACAUGGUCUUUUAUCCACACGAUGGCAGCAUACUACCCUCGCAAACCAACAGAGCAACAACAAUGCGAGAUGAAACAAUUUAUUGAAAGCUUUUCAAAGUUUUAUCCAUGUGUGGACUGCGCUGAGGAUUUAAGGAAAAACAUAAAACUGAACCCCCCAAAAGUUGGCGGACGCGUCGAUUUAUCUCGUUGGUUUUGUGAACAACAUAAUAUUGUAAACCUUAAAUUGGGGAAGCAACAAUUCGAUUGUUCAAAAGUUCUAGAAAGAUGGAAAAAUGGAUGGAAGGAUGGAUCGUGCGAUUAA